AUGUAUCAUCAAUCGAACAAUUAUGAUAAUCAAUCUAUCGAAAUGAAUCCUAUUAAUGGGAAACCUUCAUCAUCAAAACAAACAAGUUUUCAACACAAAUUCAUUUAUCAAGUUUUCAUCUCUACAAAUGAUAGCCUAAUUCAAGUUCACAGAAAUGAUCGUAAUUCAUUAUCAACAAAAACUAUACGUGAUAAAAUAACAAUAAAUGUUAGUGGAAAACGUUAUCAAACAUAUUUAUCAACUCUUGAAAAUUAUCCAAAUACAUUAUUGGGUAAUAAACAAAAACGAAUGUAUUAUUGGGAUGAACAAGAAAAUGAAUUAUUUUUUGAUCGUCAUCGAACUUGUUUUGAAGCAAUACUUUAUUAUUAUCAAUCAAAUGGAUGUCUUCGUCGGCCAGAUUAUGUUCCAUUAGAUACAUUUUUAGAAGAAAUUUCAUUUUUUGAUUUAGGUCCACAAGCUAUAUCACAAAUACAUGAAUCAGAAAAUGUUUCAAUUAUUAAACAUAUUGAUUUACCAAAUUGGUUUUGGCGUCGUUAUAUUUGGUUUUAUUUAGAAUAUCCACAACAUUCAACAUAUGCUCGAAUUCUUCAUCUUAUUUCAAUGUCAUUAACUUGCAUAUUUUGUAUUACAUUAGCUAUUGAAACUUUACCAAAAUAUAAUGAACAAUGGGAUAAUUUAUGUGAAAAAAAUUAUAAUAUAACAUCAUUAAAAAAUAAUGAAUCAAUAUGUUUAGAAAGAUUUUCUUCACCACUUUUUAUAAUUCAAACAAUAUGUAUAUCAUAUUUAACGAUAGAAUUUAUUUUACGUUUAAUUAGUACACCAUCAUAUUAUAAAUUUAUUUUUUCUCUAUAUAAUUGGCUUGAUUUAAGUGCUAUUAUACCUUAUUUUGUACUAUUAGGUAUUACAUUAAAUCAUAAAGUAAUAAAUUUAAAUGAACGUUUACUUAUUGGUUUAUACGUAUUACGAAUAUUAAGUUUUUUACGUAUAAUAAAAAUUUAUUUAAUUUGUAAUCAAUUGAAAUCAUUACGUGUUCUUAGUUCAACAUUAAAAGAAUCAUUUAUCGAUUUUACUAUUAUGAUUAUUGUAUUGACUUCAUUGGCUUUUAUAUUUGGAGCUGCUGUUUAUUUUGCUGAAAAAGAUGUUAACGGUCUUGUUUUUGAUUCGAUUCCAAAAGCUACCUAUUGGGGAAUAAUAACUAUUACGACAGUUGGAUAUGGAGAUAUGUAUCCAAUAACAGUAAUUGGUCGAAUUCUUGCUUGUUCAUGUGCUUAUUUUGGUGUUGCAACGAGUGGUGUGCUUGUUUCUGUACUUGUUGAUCGUUAUCAACGUGUUUAUAAUCGAAAAAAAUUUUCUCCUGAACAAAUUAUAUCAACUGCCGAUCCAUCUAACAGUGAAUAUGAUGAAAAACAAGAUUUUAUAAAUAGAACAUUAAAUGAAAGUAAAAAAACUUUAUCAAGUAAAUCAACUCUACCAUUGGAACGUGAAUCUUCAAUACAUUCAUCAAUAAAUAAUACAAAAUCUGUUGAACAUAAUACUUCAUCAGUUCAUGUUCUAUUUAUUAUUUCGCUUACUGAUAAUGGAACAAAUAAUAAAUCGACGUAUCAAAAAGCAAAUGUACUUAUGGAAGAAUUAAAAGAAGCAGUACAAAAUAGUAAAGAUCAGAUUAAUUUAAAAUUAAUUAGUAGUAAAAUAGAUCCUGUAAGCGACAAAAUAUUAACUGUAAAUGAAAUGACUUCUAAUUCUGAAAAAUAA